CUAUGCAAUAGUUAGCCGAUGGUUUUCAAAUGCAACUCUGAAUAAUUGUCACUCACAAUGGAAAAAUGGUAUUCACUGCGAAAGGAAGGACAGCAGACCAAAUUUUCGAAAAACUUAUUAAUAAAAUGGAUUUAGUGCCAGAAAACUCCUCCAGUGCAAACAAGAAAACAACAGCAGGCGGCAGGGUGAAAUGGAGUGCCGCGCUUGAGAGCCUGCUGACUGACAUAUGGCAGGACAAAAUUGAAGAUUUGCGCGGACCACGCAAAAAUUCACAUGUGUACAUGGAGAUAGCCGAGUCCAUGAAGGAGGCUGGGCUUGAGCUUGGAUGGGGCGAGAUAAGGACAAAGCUCGAGAACAUGACCAAAAAAUACAGAGCACUUUGGACAACGACAAUCCUGAUGAGUACAGCACCUUGUCUGGGCGUCCGCCAAAGAAAAAGAAAAAGACCGACAUUUCGUGGCUGGCAGAGAUCGCCCGGGAACGUCUCGAAGAACAGAAGGACCACCACAGAAAGAAGGAAGAGCACGACGUGAGGCAGGAGAAGAUGGUGCAGGACCUAAUCAGCACACAAACGAAAUUUCAAAAUGAUCUGUUGGAAGUGCUAAACCACAGCCAAAAUAAUUGCUAUAUCUUCAUAAUCCAUUAUAAGAACCAAGAAUUAAUAAAUCUUCCGCGCAAAUUUAAUGAACUUG